AGCUGAGAAGCAGUGGUGCCUGGCAGCGGAACUGGGUGAAUUUACAGCGAUACAGGAGCCACUUGGUCGCAGGCGAACGAUUUGAGACUCGGCGAGAGCCAUUUGUAAUAGCCAAGGAUGCGGGAAUAACGACAGAGUUGGACCGUUUGGCUUCUUUGGAUUAAUUUUCUCUCACCACGCAACCCCACAUCUGGUUCGAAAUGUCGGGAAAGAUAGAAAGUAAGCAAGACUCCCAGCGCUCCCAUUUGUCUUCCUUCACCAUGAAACUUAAGGACAAGUUCCACUCCCCCAAAAUCAAAAGGACGCCGUCGUCCAAGAAGACGCCCAAGCCCCCAGCAGAGAACACAGUCAAGACCCCCGAGAAGCACGUCAACAAGAACCUGAGUCGGCUGGAGGAGCAUGAGAAGGAUGUGGUCAGUGCCUUGCGUUACUUCAAGACCAUCAUCGACAAGAUGGUGGUGGACAAGAAGGUUCUAGAGAUGUUGCCCGGUUCGGCCAGCAAGGUUCUAGAGGCGGUUCUGCCUCUUGUCCAGGUGGACCCAAGGAUACAGCACAGCUCGGCCGUGUCGUCGUGCCUGAACCGGGUCUACCAGAGCCUGGGCAACCUCAUCCACUGGUCCGACCAGGUCAUGCUCGGAGACGAGGAGAUCAACCUGGACGACAAGGACACCAUCGUGUCUGUCACCACGGUCAUCAGAGCCGUACUGGAUGGCGUUAAGGAGCUGGUGAAGCUGACCAUUGAGAAGCAGGAGCACCCUUCCCCCACCUCCCCCGUCAAGCCCGUGCCUCCGGUGACCAUCCAGGACAGCACGCCGGAGCCUCCUGUGGAGGAGGCUGUUGGGGAGAAGGAGGAGAAGAAGGAGAAGGAGGGGGAUGGGGAGAGGGAGGUGCCCAUGAAGGCCUCCUCCACCCUGACCCAGUCCACCGAGGUGCUCAACGACUCCACUGACGAGGAGGUGGCCCCCCCAAAACCCCCCCUCCCUGGGCUCAAGGUUCCUGAGCACUGUCCUCCAGCUCUUCCUCCUAAGAAGCGUCAGUCCGCUCCAUCUCCCACGCGUGUGGCAGUGGUGGCCCCCAUGAGCAGAGCUACCAGCGGCUCCAGUCUUCCCAUCGGCAUCACCAAACAGGACUACGAGGCGGACGCUCUGCAGCGGCGUUUCUCUGGAGGGAGCCACUCGUACGGCGGCGAGUCUCCGCGCCUGUCCCCCUGCAGCAGCAUGGGCAAACUCAGCAAGUCCGACGAGCAGCUCUCCUCCAUAGAGCAGGACAGCGGACAGUGCUCCCGCAACACCAGCUGUGAGACCCUGGACAUCACGGAGGGCUACGACCCGGACUACGACUUCCUGCACCAGGACCUGUCGAGCGAGGGUCAGCUGGCGACGACGACGCUGUCCACGGGCGGCUGCCUCAGCCCCCUGCCCGAGUCGCACCGCGAGUCCUCCACGUCCUGCCCGCCCCUCUACGCCUCCUCCUCCUCCCAGUCGCCCGUGCCGGGGGGCUCUCCGUACGGCUCGCACUCGCCCCUCCCCCCUCCGCCGCACCCCCACCUCCUCCAGUCCCGCGUCAGCGCCCCCCCGGCCCUCCCCGAGAAGAGGCGUCGCAGCGGCGCGCUCGGCCCCCCCCACGCCGCCUCGCUGGACUGCACGGGGUCUCCGCGCGUGCCCCUGGAGCGGCUGCCCUCGCAGUACGACAACAUCAGCGAGGAGGAGGUGCUCCACGCGCACCUGCACGGCCACCACGUGGGGCCGCCCGUGCCCCCGUUCCCCCUCUACACGCCGGCCUCGCCCGCCCCGCCGCUGGCCCCCAACGCCAACGCCGCCCUCUACAGCUCCGCACACUUCAGCCCCCUCCACGCCACCGACAUCCCGCAGAGCCCCCCGCCGCUGCCCGAGAAGAAGAGCAGGCACAUCCUGAAGUACAUGCAGUUUGUGGAGGACUACUCUGAGCCGCAGCCCUCGGUGUUCUACCAGACGCCGCAGAGCGAGAGCAUCUACGAGCAGCGCAACAAGCGCUUCCAGGAGGUGUACGGCUUCAACGACUCCUUCAGCUCCAGCGACUCCAUGCACGAGCCCCUCCCUCCGCCCGCACUGCCCCCCAAACAGAGGCAACUGGCGUCUCUGUCGGCGUCCCCCUCCUCUUCCUCCUCUUCGUCCCUCUCGUCCAGUCAGCUGCCGGCGGCUCAGGCUGGCUCUCUGGCCGUGGAGGGAGGGGACGAUGAUGCCGCCGCCGCCUCCGACAGGCUCCGCCUCUCUGCCUCUAACUCCUCCCUCACCGCGCCCACGAGCUUGGACUUGGCAGCGCCGGCCACGCCCAGCCAAGACCAGCUGCUGCUAUUGGCUAACGGCUCCCUGGAGAGCUCUGCAGGUUCUCUGGCCACCUGUCUUCCCUCUGACGCUUCUCUGUCCGACACUCGCCAGCCCUCUCUGGACCCAACCGCUGAGGACCUGGAGGACCCUGCGGCAGACAAGGACAUGACGGAGUCCGACAGCUGGAGGUUGAAGUCUCCAGACUCUGGACAGAGCACAGAGGAGGUGGACGAGCUCUCCCUCAUCGACCACGAGGAGAUCAUGUCCCGCAUAACACUAAAGCAGGAGAAUGAUGAUGGGCCGGAUGUGCGAGCUGGAUCAGGAGAUAUUCUACUGGUCCACGCCACAGAAACCGACCGCAAAGAUCUGGUGCUGUAUUGUGAAGCGUUCCUGACCACGUACCGUACGUUCAUAACCCCAGAAGACCUCAUUAAGAAGCUCCACUAUCGGUACACCAGGUUCUCCCACAGCCCGGACACGUUCAAGAAGCGCGUCAGCAAGAACACCUUCUUCGUGCUGGUGCGCGUGGUGGACGAGCUGUGUUUGGUGGAAUUGACUGAGGACAUCCUGCGGCAGCUGAUGGACUUGGUGUUCCGGCUGGUGUGUAGCGGAGAACUGAGUCUGGCCCGGGUUCUGCGCAAGAACAUUCUGGAUAAAGUGGAACAGAAGAAGUUGAUGCGCUAUACCAUAUCACUGCAGCCACUGGCUGCAAGAGGGGUGGCCGCAAGGCCGGGCACACUGCAUGACUUCCGCAGUCAUGAGAUAGCUGACCAGCUCACUCUCCUCGAUGCAGAGCUCUUCUACAAGAUAGAGAUCCCUGAGGUGUUGCUUUGGGCAAAGGAGCAGAACGAGGAGAAGAGCCCCAACCUCACACAGUUCACAGAGCACUUUAACAACAUGUCCUACUGGGUCCGCUCCAUAAUCAUCCUCCAGGAGAAAGCCCAGGACAGAGAGAAACUCCUCCUCAAAUUCAUCAAAAUCAUGAAGCACUUACGGAAGCUGAACAACUUUAACUCGUAUCUUGCAAUACUUUCUGCGUUGGAUUCUGCGCCCAUCCGAAGACUGGAAUGGCAGAAGCAAACCUCAGAGGGACUGGAAGAGUACUGCACUUUAAUUGACAGCUCCUCUUCGUUCCGUGCAUAUCGGGCAGCGCUGGCUGAGGUGGAGCCCCCAUGCAUCCCCUAUCUGGGUCUCAUCCUCCAGGACUUGACCUUUGUCCAUCUGGGGAACCCUGACCUCAUCGAGGGGAAGGUGAACUUCUCCAAACGCUGGCAGCAGUUCAACAUCCUGGACAGCAUGAGGCGCUUUCAGCAAGUGCAUUACGAUCUCAAACACAACGAGGAGAUCGUGUCCUUCUUCAACGACUUCAGCGACCACCUGGCGGAGGAGGCCCUGUGGGAGCUCUCUCUGAAGAUCAAGCCGCGCAACAUCGUGCGGCGCAAGACGGAGCGCGAGGAGAAGACCUAGGCGGCCGCCCCCCCCCCCCCCCGUCCCGCCGCUCGCCGGGCCUUCUAGCGCUCCGCAGCCCCGUCACUCGCGCGCCCCCCCGCUUUAGUUGGCUUUUAUUUCCGUCGUCUGGACCUCCCGCCAUUUUAACAGAGUCAUCACCGACGCCAGAGCAGAGCAGAAUGCACGUCAAGCGUGCGGCCACGGAAGCGCAGCGGGGCAGCCAGGCCGGACACAGUUUACAGAGCCUCGGAUGGGACUGCACUGCGUUGUGUGUGUGUGUGCGUGUGUGUGUGUGUGUUCUUGUGCGUGCGUGUGUGUGUAUGUGUACGGGCUGGAGAGAUUCUGUGCCAAGCACAAAGAUUUGGGGGGCUACAGAGUAGACUCCAAAUGACUCAUGUGUCAUCCUGAUCACCUCCUCCCAAACCCUUCUGCUCUUUCCCUCCCUCUCUCCCUCCCUCUAUCCCUCUAUCCCUCUCUCCCUCUCUCUAUCCCUCUCCUCCUCCUCCUCAUUCAUCCAUAUUGUGUCAUAUCCCGUUGGACUUUGCCAUUACCAGUGACAUUUGGGAGUGUGUCCCUCUCUAGAUGGGUUGCCAAGGUGAUCCCUUGGCAUCCUCCUCCUCCUCCUCCUCCUUUUCAUCACUGUGGUGGCUGUUGUCAUGGUGCUGCUGCGGUCCCAUGUCCUAUGGGGCGAUGGGUGUAGACUGAAGUACUGGAAAAGCCCACCCACCCCAAACUGUGAUCUGUUGCCCCGGGUCGGGGCGGGGAGCGGGGGGUGGGGGGUAACAGACUGCUCCUGGGAGCCUGUGAAGCGCCUCUGUUGCACCCGGAGGCAAACGUGUAAAUGAAGUCACGGACUGAAGGAAGAACGAAGACAAGACUGAAGGAUAGAAAGCAAAAACAGAACUCUGGAAACAAGAGACUUUGCUUGAAGGCCUGUUGUAAUUAUGACCUGUGUGUGAUUUUUUUUUUGUUUGUUUUUUUAUAUAUUUUUUUGUCGGUGUACAAUGCAGUUUUUCUUUCCUUUUGUUCUCUAAAAGGAUUUUAAAUGGAUGAACUCGACCUGGGGAGAGAUGAGUCUUCUCAGCCAAUACGAUGAUGAUAUGAAGCUGAAAUGUGCACUUACGAUGAUGAUGAACAAAAAAACGAAUAAUAAUAGUGAUGAUGAUAAUAAUAAUAAUAAUUGAUAAUAAUAAUGGAAGUAAGGCUGUGAUCAAUGUGAAGGAGACUGAAUAGGUUCGGGCAUUCUGACCAGUUGGGCUACAGAAUCUGAACAGCAAUCCUGUUUUAAACUGAGACUGGAGACCCUUCCACAGUAGAGUCCAGAAGGGUCGACUCAGGCUCAGUGAUCCAAAGACUCCAGGCCCUGACCCCCCCUCGUCCCCACAUACCCACGACCCCCCCUCAGUGUACCCAGGGGGAGCAAAGGGCCCUCCGUUCCCUCCUAGUCAACAAAUACACACACAAUGUCGUCAGCGCCAUCUAGUCCAUUAGAAACUCAAGGACACCUGUCACUGUACAGUACACAUCCCCCUCUUCAGUCUCCAGCUCAAAUAAGACACACACCUGCAAUAUGCCCACCUCGGUUUGUGUGCGUGUGUGUGUGCGUGUGUGCGUGUGAGCGUGUGUGUGUGUGUGUGUGUGUGUGUGUGCGUGUGCGUGUAUGUGUGUGUGUGAGAGAGAGAGAGAGUGUGAGCAUGAAUGUGUGUAUGUGUGCAAAAAUGAAGUAUUUUAAUUUUUUAUUUUGUCUGCUUGUUAGUUAGACUGUUUUUGUUUAUAUUUUUAACUGGUGGACUUCACGCAAGUAUACCUCAAUGCCUGGAAUUAAAAUGUGUCUUUUGA